GUUCCAGUUCCUUCUCCCCUCUCUCUCUCUCUCUCUCUCUCUCUCCUAGGGACGAACCGAAAGGGAGAGAACUCCGGAAUCAAUUCUUAUGCGUUUUGCAUUCAAUUCACCUUCCAUUUUUGUUUCUUUUCGUUAUCUCGGAAUUCGCCUUGAACUGGAAGAACGGAAUCAAGCGGGGAGGAAACAAUUUAAGGGAGGUAACCGCUCUUCUCUGAUCAGCUUUCAUGGAAAUCGCUUCCAAUUCUGCUGGUUCCUGCUCCCGAGAGCAACAGAAGGUUUAUCAAGAAUGGUUUGAUUACGCCGAUUCCGAUGGAGACGGGCGUGUUACGGGGAAUGAUGCUAUUAAGUUCUUUUCUAUGUCCACCUUGCCUCGGCAAGAUCUCAAACAGGUGUGGGCAAUUGCAGAUUCCAAACGGCAAGGAUAUCUUGGGCUCAAUGAGUUCAUUACUGCAAUGCAGCUUGUUUCUUUGGCGCAAUCUGGAGUGGAAGUAACUCAUGAUGUAUUGACUUCUAACAAAGAAGUUGAUUUUCAGAGUUUGAAUCCUCCUAGAAUGGAGGGUCUGGAUGUCAUAUUAGCUAAGAAAGCCAGUAAACGGAAGUCAAAUGACAAUGAGACAAAUGGCAACUCUAAAGGGCAGUCUCCUGCUUCAGCUAGUUGGUUUACAUCGAAGUCAUCUAAAAAGAUACCUCUUUCUUCUGUUACAUCUGUCACUGAUGGUUUGAAAAGGCUGUAUAUCCAGAAGCUGAAGCCCUUAGAAGUUAGUUAUCGAUUUAAUGAUUUUGUUUCCCCGUUACUGACAAAUAGUGACUUCGAUGCUAAACCAAUGGUUAUGCUUUUGGGUCAAUACUCGACUGGUAAAACAACAUUUAUCAAGCAUCUGCUGAAAGGAAGUUAUCCAGGAGCCCACAUUGGACCAGAGCCUACAACUGACAGAUUUGUUGUUGUUAUGUCUGGACCUGAUGAGAGAAGCAUUCCUGGAAAUACGGUUGCCGUCCAAGCAGACAUGCCAUUUAAUGGUCUCACAACAUUUGGAACUUCUUUUCUAUCAAAAUUUGAGUGUUCACAAAUGCCACAUCCUCUGCUAGAACAUAUUACAUUUGUGGAUACUCCUGGAGUUUUGUCUGGAGAAAAGCAACGCACACAGCGAGCUUAUGAGUUCACAUCUGUAACAUCAUGGUUUGCUGCUAAGUGCGAUCUUAUUCUACUUCUAUUUGAUCCCCAUAAACUUGAUAUUAGUGAUGAAUUCAAGCGGGUUAUAUCAUCAUUACGUGGACAUGAUGACAAGAUUCGAGUAGUCUUGAACAAGGCAGACCAAGUUGACACACAACAAUUGAUGAGGGUUUAUGGAGCAUUAAUGUGGUCGCUUGGGAAGGUUCUGAAUACUCCCGAGGUUGUACGUGUGUAUAUGGGAUCGUUUAAUGACAAACCAGUUAACGUAGCUGCUACAGGUCCACUUGGAAAAGAGCUCUUCGAAAAAGAACAGGAAGAUCUUCUAUCUGAUUUGAAGGAUAUACCAAAGAAGGCAUGUGAUCGAAAAAUUAAUGAAUUUGUCAAGCGUGCAAGAGCUGCUAAAAUUCAUGCCUACAUCAUAAGCCAUCUCAGGAAGGAGAUGCCUUCCAUGAUCGGCAAAGCCAAGACCCAACAGCGACUCAUGGACAAUUUGGACGAUGAAUUUGGAAAGGUACAAAAGGAACAUCACUUACCCGCCGGAGAUUUUCCGAACGUGGAACAAUUCCGUGAGACAUUAAGUGGUUACUCCUUCGACAAAUUCGAGAGGUUGAAACCAAAAAUGAUUCAGUCUGUCGACGACAUGUUGGGAUAUGAUGUCCCAGAUCUUUUGAAGAACUUCAGAAAUCCCUAUGACUGAAUGAGCUGGUAAAUUCGAGCUUGAACAUUCAGGUAUACACAGCUCUGCUUUUAUUAACAUUAUUAUUAAUUCAAGGUCUUCUUGAACUUGAAAUGUUUUAACACUAAUAUGAAGUUUUGAUGUAAUGUAUAAUUAUUACUGUAGUCUAGUGAGAAAGCAUUGUUCGCUUUAUUAUUUUCCAUCAGCAUUCAUUCUUUAAAUCAUUUUCUAUUUAAUAAAGCAGUUGGUAUGCAUUAUUUUCUGUUU